GUUUCUUUAGAACAUAGUGGAAAGUCAAAGUGUACAAAUUUCUGCAUUUUUGAUAAUAUUUCGCUAAACAAAGACUUUAAGUUAAUAAAGUGCCCAAAUUUGAUUCCGGGAGGUGUACAAAUAAAAUAAUUCGUCUUUGAAGAUAUAUAAGGUGUACAGUUUGCUGCACAUGAGGCACAAAAGACCGUUAGUUACAUAAAAUCAGGAAAUUGGUACGAUCCCAUUGACUAGCUCAUUAUUUAUAGGGAAGCAAUCCAAACAACAACAAUCCAUGGAUGCAUUACAUUUCUUUAUUUAAUUCAUCCAAUAAGGCUUUUAGUAACACUUAUAGUAUGAAGUAAAUAUAUUCAGUGUUAAAAUGAAGAUCGAUAGGUCUCGUGUACGUAAAAGUACAUCAGAAGUUCCCUUAGAGUGCCAGGAACUCAUAGAUAGAUUGCAGCAAUGCUCCCGUACAGAAUUAUUAGAAGAGCUGUCUAAGAUUCAGUCUUGGACAUUUGGCAAAUGUGAACUACUGCAUUGGGCCCAAAUACUGGAUGUAUUUGAUCGUAUUUUAGGACAGGCAGCAGAACGGAAUGAUGAAAACAUAUGGGUACUCGAAUGUGAUACAUAUGAUGAACAGGAAUUUAAACUAUUAAUAAACAUAUUGCGAUUCACAAGUUUAUUGAUUGAACACUCAUUUUCUCGACACUUGUAUAACUCCAUGGAACACUUGAUAGUCUUACUUGGAUCUAGCGAUAUGUCCGUCGUCAUCGAAGUCUUAAAUUUGCUGUAUAUGUUUUCCAAACGUAGUAAUUUUCUUACUCGUUUAAAACCAGAUGAAAAAGAAUCCCUAUUACCAAGACUGCAGUACAUGUCAGAGAAUUGGGGAGGCAAAGAUACUGGUUUUGGAUUGGCAGAUUGCUGCACACUUGACAAGGAAAUUCCUCAUUCAGCCACAACAUUACAUGUUGAGUUUCACAAGGACGACUACGACUAUGACACAAAAUCAACCAAACCAACGUUACAGAUUAUACAUAUAGAGCAUAUAGAUAAAUUGAGAUUGUCUCCUGCUGAAAUAAUGAAGCAACUUGUGUCAAUGUACUACAUACCCCGCGAAAAAGAGGUGUGGUUAUUCACGCAUGUGAGAUUAGCAAUUCAUUUUGGUCAGUAUAAACGUAGACUAAAAAGUGUCCAAGCGAAACUACAGGCGCUAUCAAUACUAGUAUAUUCGAAUGCAAUUGCAGAAUCUGCCCCAAACCUAUUGCAUAAUAGUCUUCUAGAAGAAUUGGUGGAAGUUGUGGAACUACAAGACCCGCAAUUAACUGAUAUUAGGUGUGCAGCUUUACGCACUCUAACUGCUAUUAUUCACUUAGAUCGAAAUCCAAGUGUUCCCAAUCGAAGACCAGGAACACGGUUAAAUAACAUUAUUGACGUAACGGGAGCAAGCCAGUAUCAUGGAUUUUUGCCAGUCUUGGUUAGAAAUUGUAUUACCUCACUUACAAACCAAUUUGAUUUCCAAGGCACUGAAAAAUAUAGCCAAUUUCCAGUGAGUUUGACAACAGCUUUGUUUUCUUUUUUAUAUCACCUGGCCAGUUACGAAUCAGGAGGUGAAGCUUUAGUAUCCUGUGGAAUGAUGGAAUCUCUAUUACAAGUGAUAAACUGGCAAGGAUUUGCGUUAGAUCAUAUAACAUUUGUAACACGUGCUGUACGUGUAAUUGAUUUAAUUACUAACAUUGAUAUGGCAGCAUUUCAAACUCAUGGGGGUUUACAUAGUUUCAUAAACAGAUUGGAUAAUGAAGUUAACUACUGUCUACCACAUCAGCAUUACCAAAUUCAACACAACACUACCGUUGAACACGAUGAAAGUGCACCUAGCACUUCUAGAGCACCAGAUAAAGGAGAGACUCUUUCUGUGGACAUAGUACAUCUUCCAGAAAAUGAGGGCAAAAUCUGUCUUCCACAAAGAGCAGCUUUACUAAAAUCAAUGUUGAACUUUUUAAAAAAAGCGUUCCAAGAUUCCACAUUUGCAGAAAGUAUUAGGCAUCUUAUGGAAGGGACUUUGCCUGAUUCACUUAAAAAUAUUAUUGCCAAUGCAGAAUAUUACGGUCCAUCCCUAUUUCUACUUGCUACUGAUGUAGUCACAGUAUAUGUAUAUCAAGAGCCAGCAUUACUUUCUGCUUUACAAGACAAUGGAUUAACUGACAUUGUACUGCAUUCCCUGUUAGUAAAGGAUGUACCUGCAACUAGAGAAGUUCUAGGCUCUCUUCCAAAUGUAUUUAGUGCUUUAUGUUUAAAUACGAGAGGACUAGAAGCCUUUGCGAAGCUUAGACCAUUUGAAAAGCUUUCUAGCAUAUUAGUAUCGCCAAAAUAUUUGCCAGCUAUGAGAAGAAGACGUAGCUCUGAACCAACAGCUGAUACAGCUUGCAAUUUGGGCAAUGCCAUGGAUGAACUAAUGCGACAUCAACCUAGCCUAAGACAAGACGCCACUAGGGCUAUAAUGCUUUUAUUAAAUGAUUUAAUUCAAUUGGGAACUGAUCCUAAUAAUAUUUGUUGCAAAGGACAUAACAAAUCGGAAAUUUCACCAUCUUCUUCAUCUAGAUUAAAUACAACAAGUAAUGAAGGCUCUUCAGACGAAGAAGAAGAGGAUGAAGAUGAAACAUCAACAUCAUCUCAAAAUCACUCUGAUACUCAAACUCAAGUUAAUAGUGAGAGAACGCCUAUUGCUUUAGUAGAUUAUAUCCUCAAUACGAUGAAGUUUAUAGAUGCUAUUUUAAGUAAUAACUCCACUGAUGAUCAUUGCAAAGAAUUUGUAAGCAGAGGAGGAAUUUAUCCUUUAUUAAAAGUUCUUGGAUUGCCUAACUUACCAGUUGAUUAUCCCACAACAGUGCCAGCUCAAGCAGUAGCUUCUGUCUGCAAGAGUAUAUUGAACUUAUCACAUGAACCUUAUCUAUUCUCCCAAGGACUUGAUCAACUGUCUCUUGUGUUAAACACUCUUAAGCCAUUAUGUACAAAAGAAGAAGUAGCUGGUGGUUCUAAACUACUACUAGAACUAGCGAAGGCUCCAGAUCUAGAGACUGCUUUUAGUACAUAUAAAUCUACUCCCCUAUUACAUGCUAUGGGGGCUGUUCAUGGAUAUGUCAUAAUGUUUGUUCACAUUUGUCGAACUGGUCAAACCGAAAUAAGAAAUCUUUCUUUACAACAUUGGGGCUCUGAAAAUGGAAGAAGAGUUUUAAAAGGAUUAUCUGAUUUAUAUACAUCAUUAGUUUGGGAAAGCACUCUUCUAUUGGCAUACUGCAGUGACGACUUACUACCAUCUGGUUGUGAUGUUACCAAAGAAGACAUUGGAAAAUUGAAUGCAUUCUUUGAAAAGUGUGAAGCUUUUCCACCUGCAGAUGCAUCUUCAGCUCCCCUUGAUGUUUUCGUGGCUAAUCCAAUAACGAUGGACAUGGAUCCCGAUUGUACCGCUUUUAAUAAGUCACAACGUCACUACAAAUAUAUUAAACCUUUAUUGGGUGCAUCAUCCAGGUUGGGUAGAGCUUUAGCAGAACUAUUUGGGUUACUUGUAAAACUUUGUGUUGGCUCUCCCAUCCGCCAAAGGAGAGGUCAGAAUAUAGUAGCAGCUCCUCCCAUGCCAUCUAUGUUUGCAAGGAAUGUUGCUUCAGAGUUAAAUCUGCUUUUAGCGGAGGGCUUAGAUUGUGACAGGCUCCCUCCAUGUCCAUCAGUGAAAUGCAGACUUACAUUUUUGAUUUGUAGUGUUGGUUUUACUGGUCCAAUGCUAUUUGAUGAAAGAAGAUACCCUUACCAUUUAAUGCUUAAAAAAUUUGUGACUUUGGGAGCACAAGAAACAUUUUUUAAUGCAUUUAGUUGGGCUGUAACAACAGGCAAGUUUAGAAGCGUUGCCGAAAUUCAAUACUCAUCUCUCCCAGAAGGCACAAUUGGAUUUUUGGAUGCUUGGCUAACACUUCUUGAAAAAAUGGUCAAUCCCAAAGCUAUAUUGGAAUCUCCUCAUGUUGUUUCGAGUCGGCCUGGACAGAAUUUUAAUUUUGAUCCAUUAAAAUAUUUACAACAAGUUCAUAAAUUAGCAUUUGAAAGUAUAAUGGUUCUCUGGGGUAAACCUGUACCUUCAUAUUGUUCUAGAAUAACGGAAACUACAUUGACCAUAUUAAGACAUAUUUUCCGAGGGGAAAAAAUCAUCAAGGAUAAAAUGAAAGCCGAUGAGAGUAAAAGUGACGCGUCUUCUAGCUCCUCUAGCGGCCCUGAAUUAGGCAAUGCACUUAGGAAUGUAAUCAGAGUCAGAAAUUUGGAUGAUGAAUUACAACAUCUUAUGGAUAUGGGUUUUUCUAGAGAACACGCAACUCAAUCUUUAAUACAUUCACAUAACUUGGAGCAGGCUACGGAUUACUUGCUCUCCAAUCCCCUUCAUUUAUCUAGGCCUGGUGCUACUGGUCAAAUGGAUGUAGAGACUGACGAUGAACAAAUGUUACAAGCUAUUGCCAUGUCUUUGGGAUGUAGCAGUUCUGCAUCACCUGAUACUAAAAAAGAUACCAAAAAUGAUUUAAAAGAUCUCAAAAAGGAAGACUGCUCUACACGUUCAUCAUCCUUUGAAUCUAUGCUAAAUGAUUUUACUCAAGAUGCAUUUGAUAUAUGUUUAAAUCUGCUUGAUUCGCUUCCAGAAACUGUUCACAAAGUAUGUGAACUUUUAGUUACUUUAAUGAAAAGAAAUGGGCGUAGUUAUAGAGAUAUGGUCUUAAUGGCGCUUGUCGUGAAGAUCCAAACUUGUGUUACAUAUAUUUACUCGUGUGCAUUUGAAAAUAAAUCAGUUAUAAUGACUUACUAUGUUUUGACUGACUCUGAGCUAGCAGCAAAAUUAACAAACUAUGUUCAUCUGUUUAUAUUACUGUUCGAAGUACCAUCAUAUUAUGACAUGAAACUACCAUGUUUUAAUGCUAUUAAUGCUUGUGAGGUAGUGGAACAUAUUAUAGAGUUAGUUUGCAGUACAGUUGGGAUGUUGUCGACGUUACAACGAAUGGAAGAACCCAAAUGGCUCGCUCCGUGUUUAUUACUAUUAGAUGCAGUUUCAAAAGUUGCAACAUCUACGACAAGGAAAUAUUACAUGCAUAGAACAACUACUCGUAUUUGGAGAUGGUAUGAUGUAGUUACAGGGAAGUGGACACGCUAUUCUACAAAUAAUAAUCAAUUAAUAAAUGAAGCAUACUGGAGUGGAGAACAAUUCGUAAAAGUUACUUGUGGUAGAAAAAGAUAUACAAUUUCAUUUUGUAAUAUGUUACAAAUGAAUGAUGAGACCGGAAAUAGUAGACCAAUUUCAAUGAUUCCUGCCACAUUGACACAUCCAACUUGUACUAAUAUUCACGGACCAGACAUACCUAGACCGUUGCAUAUAUCCCUUAAUGACAAAGAAGAAAAAAGAUGUUCUCUUGUCGCAGAUCUUAGCCAGAAGCAAAAACAUCAAAUUAUUGUAGCAUGUGUGAAAUUAUUACAUCUUCCAGUAGAAAAGAAUCUUUUGCAUUCGAUUUUACAAAUUUGUGUAAGAUAUACCAGAGACUUUGUGCUUGCUACACUCUUUGUAAAAGAGGGAGGUGUUAAAUGCUUGUUAAAAAUGCGUCAAAUCACUGAUUUUGGAGGUUUUGGUAUAUUAGCAACAAUUUUGAUUAGACAUGCUUUAGAAGAGCCAAAUACGUUAAAAUAUGCUAUUGAAAAGGUAAUUAGGGCACGUACCUUAGCCACAAUCCCUCCCCCAUAUAAAGACUUGAUCUAUUUAUCAAGACAAGUCGGUGGAGCUGUAACUCGCUCUCCGCAGUCAUUUUUCCAAGUAGCAACAGCUAUUUUAAGGAUAGACACAGUUGCUGCUAAAGGCGAAGAUCCAGAAAAUGUUAUUCCUUUAAGAGUAGAACCACCAUCUCGUAUGAAAGCACCGCCAUUAGAGGAGCCUGUGUCCAUAGAAGUUAUCUCCGAUUUGUUAGAUGCCUUAUUAAAACCUCUAGAAGAUGAUAAAGGUAUGGACACAAGUGAUGAUUCAUCAGAAGAUUCAAAUCCGUUUGUUUCUCUUGCAGAAAUUUUAAGAAGACAUGAAACUGAAAAUGCCGAAACCAGCACUAAUGAAAAUACUUCCAAUAAGAAAAAUGAAAGUGCUGUUCCUAAGAAACGAAUGUUACCAAAGUCGGUUAUCUUGAAGAUAUUAGCAGACGCUGUAGUAUCGUUUGGCCCGAUUGCCAAACUUAUUACUGAUUAUAAAUACAAACCUGAUGAAUCUGGUACCAUAACUGAAGACACGUCAGCACUAGCUUUCAUUUUUGAUAAAAUAUUGUCGGUAGCAGAUAACUUUUCUGAUUUGGAUUGUGCUGCCAUGGGAAGAAUGCUAGUUGCAGCUUUAGCUUCUUCCAAUCAUUCACCAGAAGCUCAAAUUACUUUAGUCUCUGAGGUAAAAGUGGCUCUAACCAGAGCAUUAUCGUUACCAGAGUCUUACCAGAAACAUAAUCAGGUUCAAUGUAUUUGUGACAUUAUCUCCAAUAUGAUCGACAAUUGUCCUUUGUCCCAUGCUACUAGGUGGACAAAUUGCAGUAUUAGCAAUAUCGUUAAGCUUUUGAUGCGAAGGGGAAUAUUUAAUGAUUUAGCCAAGAUUACGCACUAUUUAGAUUUGUCAUCACCAAACACAGCAUUUACUGCAAAUUUGGCAUUAAAGCCUUUAGAAUCUCUAUCAAGAAUUAUUAAUCAGCCUGCUGCUGCUAAUAACAGUAAAUCAAGAAAAAAUCAACCAACAGCUGAUGAGAAUCCCAUUGCUCAAAGUGGUACUUCUACUGAGGGUACUAAUGCCCAUGGAGAGGAGAUAGAAGAUUCCGAAAAUACAGAGCAUGACCCAUCUAGUCUUGACAACACCACUAGUUCUGGCGAACUCGAAAAUGCACUUGAAGAAAUGAUGGAACACAUUCUAGACCAAAGAAGCAAUGACACCAAUCAAGAAUACAAUAGCGUUCCAACUAGCAGAGGCAACAUGGAUAUUGAUGAAGGAGAGGCAACUGAGGAACUGAUGAGCACAGAUUCUGGUGAAUCAGAUUCCAAUCCAUCAGAUCAAGUAGAUGACGAGGGUAAUGAUGAUAACGAGGCUGACGAUGAAAAUAUUGAAGAUGGAGAAGAGAAUGAAGAAAAUAAUUAUGAUGAGGAUGAUACAAAUGAUAGAGGUAGAAGGGGUUCUGCUAAUGAAGGUGGGCCAGGAAUAUUCAGAAUCCGUAGUGCAGCUACAGAUGAAGAUAUUUUAAUGAUCCAUUACAACACUGACGACUCAACUUCUCCUAGAAUGAUUCGUUGGAAUGAGACUGGUAGCUUUGCCAUGCCCUUCUUUGAAGAUAAUACUUCCUCUGAACCUACUGCUAUUACUCAUCCAUUACUAAUAUCUCGAAUUCCUGACAAUAAUCAAAGCACUGCUAGUCGAAAUCAGAGAGCUAAUCGCCCCAGAAGAUAUCAGUAUUUAUUUAACCCUAGAAAUCCAAAUCCACCAGUGAUUUUACAAAGUAUCCGCAGGCUAUUUAGACCACAUGAUCCUCAUGUCGGACCUAGUGACAAUAUAUUGGGUGCCCCAGAUAGUCGAGAAGCUGCUAGGGUAGUAGUUAUGGAUAACUUUGGUAUCAUUCCUUCCAAUGAAGAGCAAAUUGAUCUUGUUGAUCAAUCUGGCUUUCUCUUUGGGCCUAGUUUGGCAGCAACUUUGAGUCACAUACCGCCUGUUUUACACUGGUGGAAUAUCGAAUCUAAGUUACUUGAUUUGGAGUCUGUAUAUGAUUGUACAACAUACUCGUGCAAUAGACUUAUCCCUGAUUUGAUAAAAUAUAGAAAUGAAGAGUUACGGAGUAAGAAAGAAAAAGAAGAAGAAUUAUCUAAAAAGCGCAAGCGAACCACAACUGAUCAAGAUCAAGAUGAGUACAGUAGUGAAACUGUAUUAUUUAAUUAUGAUGAGGCUAAUACUACUGCUUCCACAGAUCAAAGUAAAGAGGAUGAUGCUGACGCUGAAGCUUAUGAUCCAGCUAUGCCUGUUCCAUCAAAUGAAGAAGAUCUAGAUGGUAUUCCUAUCGAAAUAUCAGAUACUUCUAGUGAAAGAGAUUGUCACACUCAUAAUGACGACAUGAUCCAUUGCUGUCCAUUGCAACUAAGUUUUGCUAAUUCUGGAGAUGAAAAUUCUCAAAACAAUCUUUCUGAAACAACCCAUACUGCUGUACAGACAACAGAUACAUCAGAUAAUCUAACACAAAAUACAGAUGACUCCAACAGUAGAGCCGAAUCAGAAACAAGGGCAGAAAGUGAUUCUUCCAAUCCGUUUGAGCUCUCUCUUCCAUAUAGAUGUAACAUCAUAUUUGCUAGGCCUAUAUCUUCUGAAAGACAAGGUGAUGAUUCUAAUUCAAUCAGUGAAGCUGUGACAAACUCUCUUUUGAACAGUAUUGCAACGCAAGAUCCGAGCCUCUUUGCUAGAUAUGAAGAAACUUAUGUAUUUGAGGACUCAAUUGGUCAGCAAAUGGAUACAGUAUCUGAGCAAUCUGUCGAAGAUCAAGUCAAUAGACCAGGAGGUACUAAUACAGGAGGUGGAAGAGAUACAGACACAAGAGGUCGCGACAUAAGAGAUAGAGGUCAUGAUAUCAGAGAUAGAGGUCGUGAGAUUAGAGGCAGAGACCAUGACAGGAGAGAAAGACAGACUAGAGGUAGAGAUGACGAUCGUGAAAUACGAGAAAUUCAACGUGAAAACAGCGAACGACAAGAACGCGAAUUACGAGAAAGAGUAGACCGUGAAUUUAGGGAAAGCCUUCGGCGUCUAAACAGAGAACGAGAAGAACGAAUGAUAAGACAAAGAGAGGCAGAUCGUGAAUUGGGAGAAAUAAUACGACGCGAAAACCGAGAAAGAGAAUUACGCGCAGCAAGGGAAAGAGCAGAUCGUGAAUUUGGUGAAGCAGUACGACGCGAAAACCGAGCACAAGAGGAACGUGAAUUAAGAAUACAACGCGAAAACAGAGAACGAGAAGGACGCAUAUUAAGAGAAAGGGGUGAAAACGAAGUGGGUGAAAGAGAAGGGGCACGAGAUCGGGUAGUAAGAUUAAGAAUUCGCGAACCUAGAGAAAGACAACGUGAAGAAUCUUCAGAGCAAGAUCGAGAACCAAGAACGAGCAAUGAACCUCAGACACACACAGCUAUAGAAAAUAUUACCAAUACCGAAUCAAUUCAGGCUAGUUCCGACAACGCUGAAGUUGAACCAACAUUAGCUAGUGCUGAAGUUAUAGAAACAUCAACCAGUGCGGAGGGUACAGAACCAGUUAUUGUAGCAGUUCCUGUAGCUGCCGUUGUCUCCUCUGCGGGGCCGAGUAAUGAUGAGGAAGACGAUGAAGAAAUUCCUGAAGGAGUAGAUCCAUCAUUUUUGGAAGCGUUGCCACCUGAAAUGAGAAGAGAAGUUUUGGAGCAACACCGCAUUCUCUGCCUUCAACAGCGCAUUGCUGCUGCUACUGCUGCAGCUGAUGCCGCUGCGGCGGAAGCUGCAACUAGUAGCAAUUCUGGUGAGCAGCCACAAGGGGAAGCUGCAGCUGCUAGUGAGGAUAACAUAGUUAGUCCAGAAUUUUUAGCGGCUCUUCCACCAGCUUUACAGGAAGAGGUUUUAACACAUCAACGAUUAGAACAGCAACGUCAAGCUGCAGCUAGGGCUAAUCCAAAUGAACCUGUCGAUGCUGGAGCCUUUUUUGAAACAUUACAGCCGUCCCUUCGAACUAUGAUAUUAUCUGACAUGGAAGAUUCUCAAAUGUCUGCUCUACCACCCGAUCUGGCAGCAGAAGCGCAAAAUUUACGCAGGGAUUGGUAUGCUAGGAAUAGGCAAAUGGCACAAGAAAGAUUCUUACAAAACAGUUUGGGUUCAAUUUAUAGACAUUCUAGAGGAAGACAAACCUAUAGACCCAAUAACUUCCAAAGAGGAUGGACUCAAUGGAGUAGAGAAUUUAUAAAUAAUUCAAUGUCUUCUACUUCCCCAUGAAAAUAAGAGGACGUCAGUUAUUAGACCCUGAGGGUUUAGCAUGCAUAUUGGUUUUAUUGUUUAUGGAUGAUUCCAACUUAAAUAAAUUAAGAUUGCAUCGAGUAAUAAGAAAUUUGUGCUAUCAUACUCCAACCCGAGAAUGGAUCAUUAAUGCUUUACUAUCGAUAAUAGAGAAAAGUGUGAAUAUUCAACCAGAUGAAAACUUAAAUACACAAACUAGAAAAGGACCAAGACCUGGGCCACUAAGUAGCAAAUUGGUUACAGAUGCCAAACACUUACAAAAUGGAAGUAACUGGUUAACCAUCAGAAUGGAAGCAGCUUUGGGAUGCGCAGCUAACGUCUUCAUUGUUAAUAAAACUGUUGGAAAGAAAUGUGAUAAAACAAGUGGAUCUUCAAUGAUUAGUAUCCAUCCCCAAGCAGCUCCGAUAGUUUGUAGAAACACUUUGGAUCUCUUUACAACCCUGGCCAAAACGUAUCCAUCGUGUUUGCUACCAAUUAAGUCGAUCAGAGAUGAUAGUGACAAGUCUUGUGUUACCCCUAUUCGAGUUAGACCUGAAUCAUUUCCUGAAUUCUGGGAUAUUCUACUUCGUUUAGAUUCAGCUACCAAAAAGGGAAAGAGCAUCCAAAAGAACACUAUUCAUACUACUGUUAUAGAUAAUGAUGGACCGAUCCACUUUGAACACACAGUAUUUGGAAAGUUAUUAAAUAUGUUAUCAUCACCAGUAGUUAAUAAGAAUACACAACUGACUGAUAAUUUGUUGAAAUUGUUGUCAGUUACCACUUCCGGAAUGCCCGAAUUAGUUAAACCUACUAAAACUAGUAAAGCAAAAGUCCAAUUAACUGACACUGUUAACAAUCCGCCUACACAUGCAUUACGACUGGCUGUUAAUGUUAUUACUUACAAGAACUGUUCAGAAGAAGGCUUAGAGUUUAUAACUAAUUUACUACUUAACCUAGCCAAUUCUUCCGUGGACAUGAGUUUCAUAAUAUUAAACCUUCUCUUAAAUGGUGCUAUAGAAAUUGGUAAUAUUGUGGAAACUCAAAUCCAAUUCAUGCUUAAGGAUCUUAAAGGUAUCAUGACUAAUUCACAAAAGAGGAAGCGCGAAGAAGCUGGAACCUCAACAUCAAAGGGAAUUAUUAAUAAUAGGUUCACUAAUGAACAGGUAGUCAUAACGGCCUCAUCUAAGGUAAAGGCAUCUUGUGAAUUGCAGCUACCUUCAAUGGUUCCCUUAACUUCUAAAUCUUCUAGUCAAGUAUUUUUCCUGAGAGUGCUAAGAGUUAUUGUUCAAAUCAGGAACUCAAUUAAGGAUAAUUUAAAAACAGAAACGGCUACAUACGAACUACCUGCACUUAGUGAGCAAUUAAAUAGUUUAACCAGUUUUUGGGAAACUUUAAGUCAAUGUCUUUCUGAAUUAGAGCAUGCUCCAGAUCAUCACGCUGUUCUUGUUUUGCAGCCUGCUGUUGAAGCAUUUUUCUUGGUUCAUUCUCCACAACAAGGCCCUAUUAAAUCGGAAGAAAAAGAUACCAAAGAGACUGAAAUGGAAGAACACAGUGGAGAAUCUACAGAAUCACAAGGUAGUAUUCCAUCCACUUCAGAUGCUGCUGCACAAGCUACAGUUUCUCCUGGUGAUGAAGAACAACAGGCUUCGAGACCUGCUAGUGAAAUAAAUCUCUUGGAUUGGGAUAAAUAUUCAGAAACAUCUGGAAAAGCUAGUAUUACUCCCGAACAACAACAAUUCCUUACGUUUGCAGAGAAACAUCGCACAGUUCUUAACCAGAUUCUAAGACAAAGUACUGCUCAUUUGGCUGAUGGUCCUUUUGCAGUUUUAGUUGAUCAUACCAGAAUUUUAGAUUUUGAUAUUAAAAGACGUUACUUCAGAACCGAACUCGAAAGACUGGAUCAUGGAACACGAAGAGAAGAAACUGCCGUCCAUGUUAAGAGGGGCAACAUCUUUGAAGAUUCGUUCCGAGAAUUGUUCAGAAAGAACCCUGAAGAUUGGAAGAACAGGUUCUACAUUGUUUUCGAAGAUGAAGAAGGUCAAGAUGCAGGUGGACUCUUACGUGAAUGGUAUGUUAUCAUUUCGAGAGAUAUCUUUAAUCCAAAUUAUGCAUUGUUCACUGUGUCCCCUGGUGACAGAGUAACCUAUAUGAUUAAUUCAUCGAGUCACUAUAAUACUAACCACCUGUGCUACUACAAAUUCGUUGGAAGGGUAAUUGCUAAAGCCAUAUAUGACAACAAGCUUCUUGAGUGUUACUUUACGAGAUCAUUCUACAAGCACAUUUUGGGCAUUCCAGUAAAAUAUACAGAUAUGGAAAGCGAAGACUAUAGUUUCUAUAGAGGUUUAGUAUACCUUAUGGAGAAUCAUGUAAAAAAUAUAGGUCUUGAACUGACAUUCAGUACUGAAAUCAGUGAAUUUGGAGUAACUGAAACGAGAGAUUUAAUACCAAAUGGGCGACACAUCCCUGUCACUGAAGAGAACAAAAUGGAGUAUGUUAGACUAGUAUGUCAAAUGAAGAUGACAGGAGCUAUAAAACAACAACUUCAUUCCUUUUUAGAAGGUUUCUAUGAUAUAAUACCAAAGCGUUUAAUAUCCAUAUUUAAUGAACAGGAAUUAGAGUUGUUAAUUUCAGGAUUACCAAAUGUAGAUAUAGAUGAUUUGAAAGCCAAUACAGAAUAUCACAAAUACCAAACGAAUUCAUUGCAGAUCCAAUGGUUCUGGAGAGCUUUGAGGUCUUUUGAUCAAGCUGAUCGCGCUAAAUUUCUUCAGUUCGUCACUGGAACCUCAAAAGUUCCAUUACAGGGUUUCGGAGCAUUAGAAGGAAUGAACGGAGUUCAAAAAUUCCAGAUUCAUAGAGAUGAUCGGUCAACUGACCGUUUACCAUCAGCGCAUACUUGUUUCAACCAAUUGGAUCUGCCGGUUUAUGAGACUUAUGACAAGUUAAGAGGAUACUUGUUGAAGGCCAUCCACGAGUGCUCCGAGGGUUUUGGCUUCGCUUAAAUAAUCCUUUGAUGUUUAAGACUGAUGUGUUAUUGCUGUUUAUAUAUAUCACCUAGAGUAGAUUUCUGUAAAUAAACGUAUUCUAUGUUAAGUGUACAGAUUUCGAAAGGUGUAAAAAAAAGUUACUUUUAGUUUUCUAUAUUCGCUUCAAAAUUUUAGUUAGUCAUUGGAUUAGUUUUUGAGUUUUAUACAAGUUUAUUUGUAAAUUUCAUAGGACGGCACAUGUAUUUUUGUAAAGGGCCUGAUGGCAAUUCGAGUGUGAUAACUGAAUUAGAUAUUCAGAUUUGAUAUUCAAAGUAUAUUUGUAUUCUUAAUUUAAGUCUUGUUAUUCUUAUAAUUAUUAAGCCAUCCUUUUAUAAAUGCGCUGUUACUCUUUGAAUACUUUUAGUCUCUCAUAAUCAGGUAAAUAUAGUCAACAUGUAUUUCAGAAUUGUGAUUUAAUUAAAUAAAUGUUUUUAUCAAUGUC